GUCGAUUGUGUAAGUUGUUUACAAAGAACACUCCGAUUCACAGUCAACCACAAAUCGUCACCCUGUCAGUCGAAGAUUGACUUUGCGCUGGCCAGUACUUCAUCAAAUCCGCUGUUGAAAACACACCCUUUUUCGUCGACAUCUCUUCUCACGCCCCCAUCAUCUACCCGUUUACGCCAUCCAGAGAACAACCCUCACCAUGCCUGCAGCUCCAGGCCAUAACACAUCUCUUGACCCGAUCCUGCACUCUCUCCAGCAGUCGUUAAGCCAUGGUGACCCUUCACAAGCCCAGUCACUACUCCAGAAAGCGAAGUUGGCUCUCCUGCAACAGAACGCACUGAUACCCUCCCAGCAGACGGCCGUUUCGACCCUAGCGACAGCUCGCUCCAUACUCGAGGCCGGUGCUCUCCUGUCGAUACGCUCGCGAGACCCUGACUCCUUCAUCCGAUACUACUCACAACUCCAGCCGUUCUACGACUUCCCCGGCCUUCAAUCUAGCCCUUCCCAAAGCAGGUCCAAAAUCACCGGACUUUACCUGCUUCUACUGUUAAGUCAAGGUGACUAUGCCGGGUUCCAUACCCUCCUCGAGUCCUUGAUUGUGGCGGAAGACCCCAACGAUGCAUCGAGGGUGGAAGAAGACCAAUACAUCAAAUACCCAAUCGAACUGGAACGAAGUCUCAUGGAGGGCAGCUAUGAUCAGGUGUGGAGGAAAACAAACGGCCGAGAUGUGCCCGGAGAGGAGUUUGCCCUGUUUUCUGACAUCUUGAUCAACACCAUCCGACUCGAGAUUGCCUCCUGUGCUGCUCGGUCAUAUCCCUCGCUCCCUAUUGCUUCGGCCAAGAACCUCCUCUUCCUCGAUUCCGAAGGUGCGGUCAUGGACUUUGCGAGUGAACAGGGCUGGAGUCUGGAAGAAGGUCGGAUAUACUUCCCUGGGUUGGAGGAUGCAAAGAAGGAGGAAGAUGGAGACCAGAAGGAAGUGAUCAAUCACAUGGUUGGAUAUGCUCGCGAAUUAGAGAUGAUUGUCUAGACCUGGAAUGUUGUUUUGCCAUCGAUCAAAAGGCAUGCAAUAUUUUGUACUCAUAGAGCGCGCGGAAAGCUACUAGGAACAAGGCGAAACAGCAUGCGCAUACACAAAUAAGGCAUUUUGAUGGCACUUUUUUGGCCGACUGUCCGAUCGCCUUUUUCUCCAAAACAUUCUAUUACCACAAUUAUGAGUUGAU